AUGGUAGAGCUCUCAGAUUAUCACAGACAAGAAAAGGUUGGAGAAGGAACUUAUGGUGUCGUCUAUAAGGCGUUGGACACUAAGCACAAUAAUAGAGUUGUUGCCCUUAAAAAGAUCAGGUUGGAAAGUGAAGAUGAAGGUGUCCCUUCCACUGCGAUCAGGGAAAUUUCGCUUUUGAAGGAAAUGAGAGACAACAACAUUGUGAGGUUGUAUGAUAUUGUUCACUCUGAUUCCCACAAAUUGUACUUGGUGUUUGAAUUUUUGGACUUGGAUUUGAAGAAGUACAUGGAGUCUAUCCCUGCAGGUGUUGGGCUUGGAUCCGAUAUGGUGAAGAGAUUCAUGAACCAAUUAGUUAAGGGAAUCAAAUACUGUCAUAGUCAUCGUGUGUUGCAUCGAGAUUUGAAACCUCAGAAUUUGUUGAUCGACAAAGAGGGUAACUUAAAGUUAGCCGAUUUUGGGUUAGCCAGAGCAUUUGGUGUCCCAUUGAGAGCCUACACCCAUGAAGUUGUCACCUUAUGGUAUAGAUCACCUGAAAUUUUGUUGGGUGGUAAGCAAUACUCCACUGGGGUGGAUAUGUGGUCUGUAGGUUGUAUAUUUGCUGAAAUGUGCAAUAGGAAACCGUUAUUUCCAGGGGAUUCAGAAAUCGAUGAGAUUUUCAGAAUCUUCAGAAUCUUGGGAACUCCAACUGAAGAGAUUUGGCCUGACGUUCAGUACUUGCCUGAUUUUAAGCCAACUUUCCCCAAAUGGUCAAAGAAAAAUUUGAGUGAAUUUGUGCCAACUUUGGAUGAAGAUGGAGUUGACUUGUUGGGGCAAAUGCUUGUUUACGACCCAAGUGGGAGAAUCAGUGCCAAGAGAGCCAUUAUCCAUCCAUAUUUCCAAGAAGAUGGUGAAAAUUACGACAGCUAUCCAAGAAGUGUUAACAUGGGAUAG